ACCUCUUUCGUCCAGUGUGGUAUUGCUGCCAACGGUCAAAAACCAAAAACCCAAACUCGGUGUUGGUGAUUGCGUUUUGAGCCACGAACGAGGGGAGGUACUAUACAGUGGAUUGCGAAAACCCUAUUAUUUGGGGGAACCGAAGCUUUUCGAAUUGAAGUUUUACGCAAUGGGAGCUGUUAAGUUGGAACUUCGUUGUCCCCAAACUGUUGAGGGAAUUGCUGCCGACCCUGAACCUGAUUGGAGCUUCGAUGCUCUUUUAACAGAGCUUAAUGCAUUGGAAACAAAACUUAGUAGCUCUUCCAAAGUCCCAAUGCCAUUCACUAAAGUGCAAUCGCGUCAAUUUUCAAAUGUGAAGAGCGUAGAAAGAAGUUCUAGGCCAUUUGUAAUGCGUGUCCUCGAUGAUGAGGUGGAUGAAAUUGACAAUGCAUAUGAGGAAGCUCAAGAUAGAAGCUCCCUUUCUGCUAAUCGGUUUAAUUUUAACGACCUUUAUGUUAGUUAUUGCUAUGAUUAUGUUCGCCAUGAAAGAAAUAUCUCUAAAUUGAUAUGGCAGAUUACAGGAACUAAUGAUGCUGUCAAACAAAAAGCAGCAGAACUUGUCAAGAUCCUCAAAAAUCCUGCUUACCCUCAAUCUAUCAGUGCUGGAGCAUUUGCUAGAAAGAUGGUGAUGAUGGUGCAUGCUUUUGCUUGA